AAAUUUAGUUUUUUCUUCAACGGUAUUCAGUAAGAACACAGCGAAUAAAUUUGUUCAUCAUGAAGUGCAAGCAAGGAAAGAAAUGGAAGGCAACUCACACUUUAAUGGCACCAAGUCCUCUACAAAACGGUGUUCCUACUGUAGAAGUUGACGAGUCAGCACAAAUCUCGAAGCAUGCAUGAGUGAUCCAAGAUUGAGUUGUGUCAACUGAAGUCAGGCUUUGAAAACUGUUAGCAUAUAUUGCGACCAAAUGACAUGACAAUAGCGACAUACCUCAUUAAAUCAGAUUUUUGUAUGGUAAUGUUCAUUUCCACACGCAGUACGCGGGAUCAAACAGUGUGAAUAAACUAUUCAUCAUAUAAUGUUGACGAGAUAGGUGUUGGGGCAGAACUGGGAACGUGGACAAGUAUUACCUAGGGCAAGCCCGUUAGCAUCUUGUCUGUCAAGAGAUUGACAACCAUGAGAUAUUGAAUUCAAGACUCAGGUGACGAGUUCUCAACAACCAAUACACCGUCCUAACACCCGCAAGGUUUGUACGCCUUGCUUUUGAUGGAUGCAGGCAGAUGCACACGUCUGUCCGCCCGUUCGUUCAAAAUAUCCUCAUCGAGGGGGUGAUAAGAGGCAAUGAAUCGCGGGAAGUUGUAUUUACCUAUUCAAUCGCUUGUUAGCAGAUGUCAUACAAGACAAGUGAGUGAAGCAAAUGAAGGUUUCCAAAAGGAGUCAGACAAGGCUGAAACUUGAGUUAAAACACGAAUUCCACAUAGUGAUUAAGUUUGAGGAAUGCCUUAGAGCGUGUCAUAGAGUCAUCAUCGAAGGGGUGAAGGGAAUAAACCAAAAGUUUGAAGCAAACAAAGUCCCAGCAUACCUUUUACAAUUGAUACAGAGGUGGUCGAGAACAGCAGAGAUCAUCAUUGAAUCCUGUGUCCUAGAGGCAUGACCCCUUAGUGAACAUUGCAAGUGUCGAACAGAAAGAGCAUUGCAAUGGCGGCGCAGUGCGUUGUCCAGAUGGACGCAGCUGCAGUUGCAAGCUGAUGCAAGUUGAGAAAAAAAAGUUUGUGGGUUGCGGCAGGGUUUUAUACUACGAAGCUUAGGGCCACGGCGGGCGGAUCCCACCAAAGAUGCUGUUUGUCUCCCAGACAAACACAAGCUCCGGAUGGACCGUGCUCUUGGCCUCAAAAUGUCCUCAGAUUGAGCAGCAUUGGGAUGCAAAGAUAACGGAAGGAACUUAGCAGUUUCUUCACAAAAAUCUACCCUAAACAUGUUCUGUAUAGAGUGUAAUAUCCUUGGAUUGCCCUGUUCGAUAGGGCGAUGGUAUGAUUUCCCUGGAGGAAGCUGGGAGUGGAUUGAUGAGAUCAGGCAAAUCCACCGUUCACCACCACCAGCCAUUGCUGGUUUUGCGUGCUCAACGUAGUGGAGUCAAUGAUCCCAUCCCCACGUGGUGGCCCAUUGGCGAGCAGAUGGGAGCAAAACAACCUGGUUGUCUGGAGCUCGACGUUGGACAGCUGAAACUCUGGUUCGCGCAAACGUCAUACCCAUAGCCAGCGGCCAAAACUGGGUGCGUCAAAUUGACGUCGAUUCAAGUGCGUGAAUAGACAGGAUAUAAGAAGCUCUCGCUUGCCGUGGUAGACCUAUACAGACCAACGAAUAAUUCAACUCUUUUUUUAUUGAUAACACAUCCCAUACCCCACCGAAAUGUCUACCACCUUCAAGCUUAACACCGGCGCUGAGAUUCCUGCCGUCGGAUUCGGAACCUGGCAGGACGCCGAUGAGCAGGAGCAGGCUGUGAUCGAAGCCAUCAAGGCAGGAUACCGCCACAUUGACACGGCUCGCAUUUACGGCACUGAGAAGGCCGUGGGAUCAGCCAUCAAGAAGAGCGGAGUGCCACGCGACCAGCUCUUCAUCACGACCAAGCUCUGGAACAACAAGCACCACCCCGACGAUGUGCCCCAGGCCCUUCAGGACUCCCUCGACGAUCUGCAGCUGGACUAUGUCGACUUGUUCCUGAUUCACUGGCCAGUAGCAUUCAAGCGCGGCUCCGAGGCGUUCCCCAAGGAUGCCAAUGGAAAGACUGCUGUUGCCGAAACCGACUACGUCGCGACAUAUAAGGCUCUCGAGAAACUGUUGUCCACUGGCAAGACCAAGGCCAUCGGUGUCUCUAACUUCUCCAAGGCCGAGAUGGAGCACUUGUUGAAGAACACCUCGGUCGUCCCUGCGGUGCACCAGCUGGAAAGCCACCCCUGGCUGCAGCAGCGGGAAUUCGUCGACUGGCACAAGUCCAAGGGCAUCCACAUCACUCACUACUCGCCUUUCGGAAACCAGAACGCCCUUUACUCGGAGCGUGGCACCAUUGGCAGACUCAUCGAGGACCCGGUGCUGGUGGAAAUCGGUAAGAAGUACAAUAAGAGCGGAGCACAGGUUGCUCUCGCAUGGGGCAUCACUCAGGGUCAUUCCGUGCUUCCCAAGUCCAAAACUCCCUCGCGCAUCAAGGCGAACCUCGAGGGCGACUUCAAGUUGAGCGACGAGGAUAUGAAGAAGAUCGAAGGAAUCAACAAGAAGCUUCGAUUCAACGACAGCAGCGCGGACUUUGGUCGAGACUUCUUCACCGAUCUGGAGGGAAAGAACUAG